CAAAUAGAUCAGGGUUCGAGUCCCAGCUCAGGGAACAGAAAGCGGCCGACACCACAGACCGCAGCUGAGUCUGAUCGUCUCGCGCCGAUGUCGGUGUCUCCUCCGUCAGGAAGUAAAGACCUCGGACUCAGAAGCGCAUCGCUACACGGCAAAACCUCGUCGCUGUCAGUUAUGAGCGAGAUAAAAACCUUCACGGUGUCGUGUUUGGACUUAGAAACUUUCCUCUCGGCGAAAGUAAAACUGCGCCAAGAAGGCUUUCUGGAUUCCAACACGAAAACCUGUUUGGAUUUUGCCAUCCAGACUAUGGAGAAUUUUCCCGUCUCUAAACGUCGUGACGUCUCUCUCACUCUUGAAGGCGAGAGGCAGCUGGUUCGGUUCACCUCAGGAAACCCCGUCCUGCUGUACGUGGUGCGUUUGGGUCAGAAAGGUCCGGAGCUUCAUCAGAAAGUUCCGGUCGGAUCUCGUCUGGUUCCCUCGUGCCUGAGCGAGUCUCACUUCGCCGGGCAUUGCUGCAGAGACGAGCUGGAGAGCUGCGUGGAUCAGGCGAGGCGCGUGUUGAGUGCGGAAAUCGAGGCUAAUCCGUCGUCUCAGAGCGAGCUGGAGCUUCGGAUCGCGUGCGGUGAGCUUCGGAUGACUUACACCACCCAGCAUCCUCGACGCAGCCUUUCCGUCCGCCCGCACCGUCGAGUGCACUUCGGCAAGACGCUGAACCUGGAGAAGCUCCUGGAGACCAAAACACGUCUGGAGAGAAGCGGCGAGAUGAAGGAAGGCCUGCUGGCUUGUUUCCAGCACCUGCUCAUCAACUACGGUCAGUUUCAGGAGGAAAACAUCCGCGUCAUCCUCCAGAGCGACGGAGAGCUGAUGGAGCUCGUCUGCGGCCGCGGCGACUACCACAGCACGCAACACUUCGUCUUCACCGACGGACAGAAUCGAGCUCACAGCCACAGGGUUCAGGACAUGGAGCUGUGGGAGUACGAGUGAGAGGGCAGAAGGAGACGCGUUAACAAGACAUCAGCGUGGUGACAAAUACAUUAAAGAGCUUUAGAUAUGUAACAUAUACACAAUUAUAGACAUGGGUGUGGAGUGGGCGGAGCUAGGAGGACAGAGAGGAUGUGACCAUAAUGAUAGAUGUUAUAGAAUACUUUAAUCUUCUUACGUGUUUUGCAGAACUACUGUAUUGUAUAACCUGUUUAUAUAAAGCAUGUUUAUAUUCUGUACAAAACAAAAAAACUAGUAAAGAUGGUUUGAGACCACGGA